AUGGCUUUCUUUAAGCUGCAUCUUUUGCUGGGUGCCUGCUGGGCACUGCCAGCUGUUUCUCUCACAGUGCCUUCGAAAGCCCUGUGGUUUCAACAGAAGGUCAGUCAUUUUUCUGCUUCGAAUGCCACGUAUCUGCAGAGAUAUUACAUGGACGACAAGCACUGGGCCGGCCCCGGCUCUCCGAUCUUUGUGAUCAUGGGAGGCGAGGGGGGCAUCAGCCCGGAGACGGGCAUCUUCUAUCCCUGGGUCUGCGAGGUCCUGGCGCGGCAGUUUGGCGGCCUCGUACUGGAGCCAGAGCACCGCUUCUAUGGCGAGUCCCUGCCCUAUGGCCCGGCCUCCUAUGAGGCAGAGCACCUGAAAGGGGCGAUGACUUCGCAGGAGGCGCUGGCCGACGCGGCAGAGCUGAUCCGCAGCACUCAGCUGGCGCGGAAUUGCACAGUAACGGGCACCAGAGGCUAUUGCCCCGUCCUUGUGAUUGGAGGCUCCUACCCGGGUUUCCUGGCUGCGAUGAUGAGAAUCAGAUAUCCAGCAGUGGUGGAUAUGGCCUAUGCCUCCUCGGCUCCUCUGAAAUUUUAUUCUCAGGAGGUGGGCCAGUACGCCUACUACGCCAAGGUCACCGAGUCGGCCGAGAAGUCCAUGAAGGGCUGUGCAGCUGCGGUGCUGCAGGCGUUUCAGAAGAUGAUGGACUUCUUUCAAACAGCCAACAGCAGCCAGAUCGCCCAGCAGUUUUCGGUUUGCGAGCCAGUGUCGCAGCCGGCCGACCUGGCAGACAAUCUCUUAUUCCUGGCUGAGCAGAUCUUUGCGAACCUCAACAUGGCCAACUAUCCACCCAACAGCAACACAGGCCUUCGUCGAACUUGUGGCAGCUUCAUCGCAGCUGCGGGCCACAGGGAACUGGAGGCCUUCCGUUUCAACGUCUCAGCACACCUCCCAGCCGGCGAGUCGGCCACUGCCAGAUGUGGAGACUGGUCUGGCUGCGGCUACGGCCGUGACGGAGAGAUGUGGGACUUCCAAACCUGUAGCUUUGAGGUGGAACACAUUGGUUUCGGAAGCGAAGAGCAGAUGUUUCCGUCGCAUCCAUGGACCAUGGAAUGGCUGAAGGAGCACUGCAUGAAGCGCUUCGCAGUGCGUCCGCAGCCGAAAAGUCUGGUGGAUCUCUGGGGCUUUGAUGAGGCAACUCUGGUGAGUUCCACCUCGCGGAUUUUGUUUGUGAAUGGCUUGAACGAUGGUUGGUCCGUGGGCGGCAUCCUGCAGGAUCUUUCCAAAGAGAAAGGCUUGAUCGCCAUUAACUUGCCCAAUGGUGCGCACCAUAGCGAGUUGUCCCAUGGAGGGAAGGAGACCGCAGAGGUUCGACAGGUACACCAGCAGAUUUUGGCCAUCGUUGGUCAGUGGUUGGAGGAGAUUAAGCAUCCGAAGAUGCUGAGGAUCAUAGCUUGA